GAGUUCACAUGCAAAAUAAAAAUAAUCAAAGUGGCAACACUGUUAGUAACCAAAUAACCAAUAAUUUUACUUCACUAUACUCUAAAUUAUUUCAUAUUUUUUCAUUAAAAUAAAACUAUUGAAGUUUAAACUUUUAAUUCGAGAUGAUUUCAAGAAUUCAAUUGCUUUAUAAACCUAUUUUAAGGAAUAUCUCUGUAAGAGGUGGCAAACAAAUUGAUUUGCAGUUUAGAAAUAGCCAUGUCGUUUCUUAUCGAGUUGCACCGCCUCCCCACUCAAAAGCCACUCAAAUUGGUGCUGAACUUGUAGGAGCUGCUAUGUGGUGGUGGGUUCUUUGGCACUUGUGGCAUGAAUACGAACAUAUUACUGUAAGUUUCCUAAAAAUUAAUUAA